GGCGGAAAGGAGAAGGCGUAGGACCGGGGUACUUUGGGGGAACGGAAGUUGGUGCUGUGCUUUGCCUGGCGCUUGAAGCUGAAGGGAUGAAGGCCUAAAAGGAGUCAGUCGUGGGAAUGCGAAUACCCCCCGUCACCCAGAACACGACGACGAAGAAGAAGAGACGUCCUUGCUAUUUGUACUCAACUGCCAAAUAUUUGAUUAGAGGAAUUUUAACAUCCCAGUGAAUAAGUUGUGUAACUACUGAAGGCUUACAACAUUUUCUGGAUCCCAGCAGUCAUGUCCUAUGUAUUUGUAAAUGAUUCUUCCCAGACAAGUGUGCCUUUGCUGCAAGCUUGCAUUGAUGGAGACUUUAAUUAUUCCAAGAGACUCCUGGAGAGUGGCUUUGAUCCAAACAUUCGUGACAGCCGAGGGCGAACAGGGCUCCACUUAGCAGCGGCUCGUGGAAAUGUAGACAUCAGUCAGCUGUUACACAAAUUUGGUGCUGAUCUUCUGGCUACCGACUACCAAGGUAACACAGCCCUUCACCUGUGUGGGCAUGUGGAUACCAUUCAGUUCCUGGUCUCCAAUGGACUCAAAAUAGAUAUUUGCAACCACCAAGGUGCAACCCCUCUUGUCUUGGCAAAAAGAAGAGGGGUCAAUAAAGAUGUGAUCCGGUUGCUGGAAUCUUUGGAGGAGCAAGAAGUUAAAGGAUUCAAUAGAGGAGCUCAUUCAAAGCUGGAAACUAUGCAGACAGCUGAAAGUGAAAGUGCAAUGGAGAGCCAUUCCCUUCUCAAUCCCAACCUGCAGCAAGGUGAAGGAGUUCUCUCCAGCUUCCGAACAACCUGGCAAGAGUUUGUGGAGGACCUUGGCUUCUGGCGAGUGCUGCUCUUGAUCUUUGUCAUCGCCUUGCUCUCCCUUGGGAUUGCAUACUAUGUCAGUGGAGUGCUUCCUUUUGUAGAAAAUCAGCCCGAACUGCUCCAUUAAAGGCCGUGUAAAUAAACAGUGCUCUUAACUAUUAUUUUUAGCUCCUCAGAUUGUUUUCCUCAGUACAGGCAGCUGCCGCCUACAUACUGUUGAUGUUUCUAUAUAUUCCCACAUAGAGGAUCCUUUCUGAAUUGAGGAUGCAUUAAUUCCAGAUAAACAGAACUACGUUUAUAAUUAUUUCUGUGGUACCUGUAACAUGUCUUGGGUCAGAUGUUACUAUUAGCAUGCUGUACUGAUAAGUUCUGUGAUAGAUAGAAAAGGUCCUGGAUUUUUCUAGAGAAGGAAGGUGUGUUUUGGAAAUGGGACCAAGUCAUUAACAUUUCUUUAAAAGCAGAUUAUUAUGUGACUGGACCAUGUCUAUCCUUCUGGGUAUUUAAAGGUCAUGAUGUUUUGCCAGAAAUAUCCAUAUUAUAAUGAUGUAAAGGCACCAAUCUUUAUGUUGCUGAAGGCUUUUAUGGCCGGAAUCACUAGGUUGCUGUUAGUUUUCUGGGCUGUAUGGCCAUGUUCCAGAAGCAUUCUCUCCUGAUGUUUCGCCCACAUCUAUGGCAGGUGAAAUGUCCAGGGUGGGAGAAAGAACUCUUGUCUGCUUGUGGCAGACAUUUUGCAGAUAUAUUAACUCCACUUGUCUAGUUUCCAACAGAUCCCUCAACCUCUGAGGAUGCCUGCCAUAGAUGUGAGCAAAAUGUCAGGAGAGAAUGCUUCUAGAACAUGGCCAUACAGCCCGAAAAACUCACAGCAAUGCAGCACUUAUCUUUGUUACUAAAAACUACAUGUAUUUCAUGAAAUGACAUGCCAUAUCUUUAUUAUUUCUUUCGCUUUAAUUUGAAAUGUGUCAGAUUUUUAUUUCCUGGCUCAUGCUAACUGUCUAGUUUACCCAGUCUAGCUGGGCGAUAUGAAUAACUCUUUCUAAAUGAAUUUUCUAUUGUUGUUAUAUAAGUAAACACUUUCUUCAGAAAUGGGGUGUUCCUUUUCCUCUAUUGGAGGAGAUACCUUUUCCUUAAAAAUAAAUUUUAACUGACAAACUUGUGCUAUUCAGCAAAACUAUCUGUGUAAAAUAUCAGUCUGCUAGAAAAGAUUAUCACAUUGACGUGUCAUUAAAUGGUAUGAUUGUGUAGAAAAAAUGUAUUGUUCUAAUAUUCAUAAUUUUAUAGGCAGCAUAAAGUUGUGGGAUGCACCGAGUAACCUAUGUUCUCAAUAUGUAAGAUUAUUGUGGGUGAACUGAUAUGUGGCUUAGCAGUUGGAGGUAGUGUUCAUGAUUUACAUAGUCAUAAAAUCUUACUAAUGCACUCUUGGAAAGAUGGUAUAACUAGCAGCUUGGUAGCAGAGGCAUCUUCAUGGCUCAUGUGGCCAUCUGGCUUCAGAGUCGAAGUCAGAGAACAGAUCUGUUUUUUCUAGAGCAGAACCCAAUGAGACACACUCAGGCCUGUGGGAUCGACAGGGAGAAUUAUGGGUAAAUGCAGCUAAGUAAAACAAAUAUUUUUGAUUGGACAUUUAACCCCCAAAAAUUGAGUUUAAUGUUAAAUCUAUUCUUCUGGUGGGGGAUUCCUAGCAGCUGUAUGAAGCAUUUUAUAGGCUCCUGUUCUAAAUUGCUGCUUGAAGGUAUUUAUUAUUACAGGCAAGGAAGUAGCAAGCAUUAUUCCUUUAUAUGCUAAUCUUAAUAUGCCUUUCCGUAACCUGAGAAUGAUCCAGCCAAAGUCAUCACUUUUUAAGUUCCUUUUUUCCAAGAAUAAAAUUGGUAGGGGCUUAAUAGACCCACUGAAAAUCAUUACACCAUUUUAGAAAAGAUAAAGUAAAUCAAGAAGAUUCAAAUUAGGGUACAAAAUAAUUGAUGAGUAUGUAUUGUCGAAGGCUUUCAAGGCCGGAAUCACUGGGUUGCUGUAAGUCAUUCAGGCUGUAUGGCCAUGUUCCAGAAGCAUUUUCUCCUGACAUUUCGCCUGCAUCUAUGGCAGGCAUCCUCAGAGGUUGUGAGGUCCUCACAACCUCUGAAGAUGCCUGCCAUAGAUGCAGGACCUCACAAUCUCUGAGGAUGCCUGCCAUAAAUGCAAGUGAAACAUCAGGAGAGAAUGCUUCUGGAGCAAAAAAGACUUACAGCAACCUAACUGAUGAGUAGUCAGUUUGAUAUGCAAACAGUUAUAAUUAAGGAAUAAAAGAUCAGCUGGUGUAAGUAAGGAUUGCUGUACAUUGAAUCUGUAUGGCCUCACAAUUUCUCUUCCAUGUUAUGCUCCUGUAAUGACUGUUAGUUACAUUCUAAGCAUGACUGUAUGUUUCAAAUAAAUGUAUAUACCAAUA